UAAAUAAUGAAUCAAGAUACUAUCGACAUAUUUGUACAUUUUACUCUCUCUAUCUCCAGCUCUAAACCUGAUAUUCCGGUAGGCGUGGCUCGUUUAAUAAAACGAAAUAGAAUAGGAUGGACACGGGUUACUAGGUAGUAGGUACCCAAAAACCCGGUUGUCAAAACACGCAGGCAAUAACAUCAUCAUCAUCAUCAUCUUUUUCUUGAUCAUCUCAACUUCCUCACCGAUGAACCCCCGGAAAGAAUAUUCACGCCUUCCGGCUGUUCUCGAUUUCAUCCACCACCCACUUGUCAGGGAAGAUUCUGAUUUUGGAUAAAUUGCCCCUUGUCGAGAAAACGAGGACUAGGGUUGAUGUUUUUGUUGUUUUUCAAGUCUUUGUUUGAGGCAAUGAAUGAUGAUAGUAAAGCGGUGCUAGCUGCAGCUGAGAUGGUGGAGCGUGCUAUCAACGCGCCAGUUGUAGCAUUUCAGAUGCUAAAAUUGUUGCAUCUUUAUCUCAGAGUCUUUUCAGAAACAACCUCUUAUAUCUUGCCCUUGGAGAUCAUGUUCCGCGUGCAGCAGUCACAAGUUAUGUUUUGUUUGGUGAUGAUAGUCUCUCCUACAAUUGAAACUAUCAGAACUAAGCCUAAGAUACCACAGCCGUAAGUUUGAAUUCUUUCCUUUUUAAACAGUUGAUCGCUUGUAUAAAAAUAAAAUCUACACCGUCAUAUCAUACGACCAUAUACCCAAUCGGAUAGUUACAUAUCUUCCUGUCUUGGCCUUUAUAUAUAAAAGAACCUACAGUAGAACUAUUAGCUAGAUUUUUGAAUUAAGUAGAUCGGUCCUAUUAGUAGAUUUUCUGUAUCUCUGUAGUUCAAACUAGGAGAAUAACAAAUUUGGAACACAUAUUUGAGACUUUUUUUUCCUAAAAGGAGACUAGCCAUCCUUUAAUUGUCUACUUCUAAAUAUCUAGUUUUUAAAAAUUUGCACCGAAAGUUAGUGGAUAUUGAUCAUAAACUUACGAUCUCAUUAUUAAUUUGGGUUAGUUGACUGACGUACAAUGAUCUUCUACUUAUAGCUAUAUAUCUUUAUUUAAUUAUAUUUUGUGAGGGCAAAUUUUGGGUAUAUUUGUUUUCCCCAGGCAUACCAUAACGAUAGAUAUGCUAUCAAUAGUAGUUGUUAGUUGCACAUAACUUUGCCGCAACGGUUUAGCCAGAACCGCGUGGUACUUUCAGUCUGCUUUCGGUGCUCAAUAAGCACCAAAUUUUAAUUUUUGGUGUAGUUGAACAAAAAAGCAAGUUUGAUGUCUUAAGUAAGUUAAUGAAAGAUACAGAUAAAUUAAAUUAGUGGCUCAUACUCAUCAGACAUAUAGCUCACAAUUUAAGUCUUUAAGCAUCAAGUAUAUGUUGCUAAUUGUACUUAAAAAGUUAAAACUGACCUUGGCAAAAAAAGAAGAAGUUAAAAUUGACUCUUUUUGUCCGGAGCAGAGGUAUGAACCCCCUCUGGCAAUUGCUAAUUGUUCCCUUUAUGCAGACUAGCCACCUUUUCAUUUUUCUCACGUGAUUUUUUUUCAGUUAUGAAUUUUAUAUGCUGAAAAGUUAUGCAUCACUAUUACUUGAGCCAUGGUGUCAAGGUACCGCCCUUUGGGCAUCCUUUAUAAUAGUUUUGAAUAAAUUGUUUUAUACAUUACCGACUACUUUGUUUUAGAUGAUCACGGUUUUAAUUAAUCUUAUAUCUUAUCAUUUUAAAUUUCAUGUAUAUAUUUUGAAAUGUGCCUAUCUAUCCUGUAUUGUUUUCAUACUAGCAUUUAUUUCUAAUAUGUUGUCAAAUAAUAACCAUCUUGUACUCGUUAAAUAUCACGUAUUUGAACCAUGAUUUAGUCAUCAGCAUGUUUAACAGUGGCAAUAUUAAUAUUAUCAAGUUUCUCGAACAAUAUGAAGCAUAGACUAUAUUGUAAUUUGUUAUUGGUUUCGGCCCACAAGUUAAAGUAAUAAUCCAUAAGGAUUUCUGAUGAAGCAUAGAUUAUAUUGUAAUUUAUUUUUGAUUUUCGGCCCACAAGUUAAAGUAAUAGCCCAUAAAGGUUUUUUCUGAUUAUCAUAUAAUAUUUUUCUUCAUGCGCCCUAAAAUUCAUUACGGCCACCACUGUCUACAUUGAAGAAAUCGUCAAUCGAUGUCUUUAUAACGAGUCCUCACGGAAAAGCUCUAACCUUUUCUAUUCCUGCUUGUUCGAUAAAUCCUAGUUAGCCUGUCUGAAGAAUUCUAUCCGUUCCUUUGUUCCGGAAUUUCCCUCUGUACACAUAGAUAUGGAAUCAAAGGAAAAAAGGAUUAUAAAGGCUAAACAGGAGAUUGAUAUAAGCAAUUUUCUUCCUGAAGCAGUCUUCAGUAAUAUCAUCUCAUGGCUCCCGGUGAAGGAAGCUGUCAGAACAAGCGUUUUGGUAAAAACUUGGAAAAAUUCUUGGAAGUAUUUAUCGCGUCUUGAUCUAAAUCCAAUAAGUAUUAGUAAACCAAAUGUAGAGGUUGUCAGCAGGGAUUCCCAAGAUGGCCGUACAUGGGAAGAUCUUAUGCAAUGCACAAGCUUGUAUUCCUCCAUCAUCCAGUCUAUCCAAAAUGAAGUCACCCACUGCCAAAUUAUUCAUUUUUCUGCCAAUAUAUCUAAUGGAGAUCUAGAAAAUUGGGUCAAAGAGCUUAUCACAAAGAAGAAAGUUACAACACUAUCUCUGAAGUGUAGUGAGAACGAUAUUGCUGACAGAAAAAAUGAUGGCAUACUCUUUGUAUUAUGCCCUGGUAUCUUCAGUCAUCUUGAGUGUCUUGAACUGGCCCGUUACAGACUCUUAGACACCUCUCCCUUCCAAAAUUGUGAAAGCCUUCGCAUUCUGAUACUGAGUAGUUUGGAAUUAAAUAGCAAAUGUAUAACUGAAAUAUGCUCUUUCUGCAAGAAUAUGGAGAAGUUGAGUAUGCUUAGUUGUGAAGGAUUCUCAACACUGAAAAUCUCUGGUCAAAAUCUCAAGUUUGUAGAGCUGAGGUUCUUGGAUAUUGACAACAUCAAAAUCUUUGCUGAAGCUCUCACAACCCUGAUACUCGAUAAGAUAUAUUGCCAGUGGUCUUCUGUUGUUAUUGAUGCACCAAAAGUGACUGAAUUACAAGUUUAUUGUAGUAUUCAAGAUGCCUCUCAAAUGUAUAGGGAGACGUAUUUCAGUCAGGAGAAGCUUCUUGAACGUUGCACUGGCUUUCUGUCCUGCCACCAACAUUCCCAUCUUCUGUAUUCUUCUCAAAUGGGCUAUGUAAGUGCAUUCCGUAAUUUGGAAGUCCUGUCUACAUCUUUGGAUUUGAAUGAUAUAAGACAUGUGAUUCUUUUGUCUUACAUAAUUCGAGUGUGCUUCCAUUUGAAAAGGCUUGACAUAACUGUGGAGGUUAGAGACUCGAAUAAGGUCGGAAACUUAAGUUAUCCUGAGCAUUUGUUUUGGGAGCAAAAAGGGAUAUCUGACUGCUUGGCAUGUUGUUUGAGAGUUGUAUCCAUUCAUAACUUUAGGGGAGAAGUUCUUGAAAUGGGUUUCGUAAAAUAUCUCAUUACGAGAGCUCCAAGGAUGCUUAGACUCACCGUCAAAUGUGCUACAAAUGAUGCGGUAACUGCUACCCAGAGCUUGUUGUUGUUACCCAGGAGCUCUAAGAAUGUUUCGGUAGUGAUUGACCCCCCUUCAGCCGCAACAGGAAAACCACCAUUGGCUCGGAAAAGAAGAUCUGCAUGGAGAAGAGGGAAGAUCUCUCUUGAUUAAUUAUCUGCCAACUGACUAACCUAGAUGAUUGCUUCUAGUUGUUACUCGCUUGUUAAUUAAUCUUGUGGCUGCGUUUGUCAAAAAAAAAAAAAAUUCUUGUGGCUGCGGAAGGGAAGAUACUGUUGAUUCGUGUUGCUUUGAAUUUUACCUUUAAGACGUUUAUGUGGAUGGUUGUGGUGAAGCAGUAGAAUCUUUCUGUUCUUUUGUUAAAAGUUUUUAUCCAGCACCGAAUAUUCUAGUGCGUAGACUGCAAUUUCUUCACAUUUUUGGCCGUUUUUGGCCUAUUACAAAGACUUGGUUUGUUUUUCUGCAAA